CCGUAGCAAUGAUUAGAAAUAGAGCAGGAGGCGUCAGGUGCAAGCGCCCACUAAAGGCCUUCUCGCCAUCAGAGCUCUCCGAGACUCGACUCAUUGCAGACCGUCCUCUUGGUCGUCCGCUGAGACUCCGCCAAGAUGGUGAGCGGCCGAGUUUUGGCAGUCCUAGUGACGCUUGCAGCGUUGGCAACACUGGCGUUGGCUGACCCGAGAUUCGAGCAAGAAGGAGCCCAGCGUCGGUGGGUGCGGCCCGAGGGCCAAGCGCGCCGCGUGUGCUACUAUGAGGCGUGGGCCAUCUACCGGCCCGGCGACGGCUUCUACGACAUCGAGGACAUCCCCGCCGACCUGUGCACGGACCUCAUCUACUCGUUCAUUGGACUCUCCAACGUCACGUGGGAAGUGCUCAUCCUCGACCCUGAGUACGACAUCAACCUGAACGGCUUCCGGCGGUUCGUGGCGCUGAAGGACAAGUACCCCGACAUGAAGACAAACAUCGCCGUGGGCGGCUGGGCCGAGGGCGGUAGGAAGUACUCGCAGAUGGUGAUGGUGCCCGAGAGGAGGGCGUCCUUUAUCAGGAGCGUCGUCCAGCUGCUCACCGACUACGGCUUCGACGGAUUGGACUUGGACUGGGAAUACCCCGGCGCCACAGACCGAGGAGGCCAAUAUGCCGAUAAGGACAACUUCCUUAAACUGGUGCAAGAGCUUCGCGAAGCCUUCGACACCGUAGGACUGGGCUGGGAAAUCACGUGCGCCGUGCCCGUGGCCAAGUUCCGCCUGCAGGAGGGCUACCAUGUGCCUCAGCUCUGUAGCCUGCUGGACGCCAUCCACCUGAUGACGUAUGACCUGCGGGGCAACUGGGUUGGCUUCGCAGACGUGCACUCCAUGCUGUACUCUCGGCCCGGCCUGGACGAGUGGGCCUACGAGAAGCUGAACGUGAACGACGGCGCUCUUUUGUGGGUGGAAUUCGGGUGUCCACGUGAUAAGCUGGUGGUCGGGACGCCAUUCUACGGGCGCACCUACACGCUGGGUGACCCCACCAACAACGACCUUCAUGCGCCCAUUAAGAAGUGGGAGGGAGGCGGCAAGCCCGGCCCUUAUACCAACGCCACCGGCACUAUGGCUUACUUCGAGAUCUGCCUCAUGAUGAAGGAGGACUCAGAGUGGGUCGAUCGCUACGAUGACGUCGGUCUCGUCCCAUUCACGCACAAAGGCGACCAGUGGGUGGGCUACGAGGACCCUGACAGCCUCAAGAUCAAGAUGGACUUCAUCCGCGAGCAGGGCUACCUCGGCGCCAUGACCUGGGCCAUCGACCAGGACGAUUUCCGGAACUGGUGUGGAAGGGGACAGAACCCGAUGAUGAACACCAUUUACGAUGGCAUGAAGGACUACGUGGUGCCUGUUGCUCCCACUCUUCCUCCAACCACAACAAGCCCCUGGUGGACUCCGCCAACUACUACUACCACAACACGUGAUCCCAGCAUCACCACGACCACGAGGGAUCCCAACUUGCCGACCACAACUAUGGGACCUAUUGACUGUACUGUUCAAGAAUACUGGCCGCAUCCAGACUGUGACAAGUAUUACUGGUGUUUCGAAGGCGUUCCCCACCUGGAGUACUGCCCCGCUGGCACCGUGUGGAACCAGGCCAUCAAGGCGUGUGACUGGCCGGCCAACGUGGAUACCUCCGACUGCAACAUGCCCUCGCUCUCGAUGGACGCCAGCCAGCGGCCUCUCCACAACACCAUCCCACUCAAUGUCCGGACUAAGGGGACCCCGCACUCGGGCAAGGCGCUUAAGGUUCCUCUCAACUUGGUUUCCAAGAAGUCAGCUCCGGCGAAGCCAACGCGUGUCGAGUCUUUACCUGCGAAGUCAGUUAAUACUAAACUAGUUCAUAAUAAAGCACCACCUGCUAAACCAGCACAUGAUAAGCCAGUACAUGAUAAGCCUCUUCAUGCUAAACCAGUUCGUGUUAAGCCAGCACCGGUAAAGCCACCUCAUACUAAAGCAAUCCAUGCUAAGCCAACACAGGUAAAGUCAGCUCAUAAUAAACCACCAGCAGUCGACCUAAAAGCUACCACGCCAGAACCAUCUAGCCCAGAACUUUCCAAAUCAGAACCUGCUAAGUCAGCACCACCACUAUUAAUGAAGAUGCUAAAGAAUUGAAGUUUACCAGCGAGAAUAGGACCACCAAAAGUGAGGUCUCCAAUUCCAUUUGUGAAUGAAUACAAUCGUGUCACUAUUAAAAGAUGAGAGCACUAUGUAAAAGGUGUGGUAAGAAAAGGUAAGGGAGUAAAGAUAAAUACUAAUCUUGAAGUAAAUAAAGCUAGAGAUACACAAAUCACUGGAUCAGUAGAAAAUAAUAUCAGGUUUGAGAAGACAACAAUAAUAGCAACUAUAAUAAUAACUAAUA